AUGCGUGCACUGGAGCUCCUCUACGCACUGGGCGCUUUGAACGACCGAGGCGAACUUACAAAGAUGGGUCGGCGGAUGGCAGAGUUUCCCGUGGACCCGAUGUUGUCGAAGGCGAUUAUCGCUAGCGAGAACUACUCAUGCACGGAUGAGGUGCUCACCAUCAUUUCCAUGCUGCAAGAGUCGUCAUCGCUAUUUUACCGCCCGAAGGAUAAGAAGCUGCAUGCCGAUCAGGCGCGCCAGAACUUCGUCCGUACCGGCGGAGAUCACUUCACUCUGCUCAACGUCUGGGAGCAGUGGGCAGAGACUAAUUACUCACAGCAGUUCUGCUAUGAGCAAUUCUUGCAGUUCAAGAGCUUGAGCCGCGCCCGCGAUAUCCGCGACCAGCUAGCGGGCCUCUGCGAACGGGUGGAGAUUGUCGUGCAGGGCAACCCAAACACGAACGACAUCACGCCGAUACAGAAAGCCAUUACCGCCGGGUACUUCUAUAACACUGCCGCGCUUCAGAGAAGUGGUGACUCGUAUCGGACCAUGAAGACGAAUCAGACGGUCUACAUUCACCCAUCAUCGAGUCUCUUCCAACAGACGCCACCGCUGAAGGCGGUGUUGUACUACGAGCUGGUGCAGACAUCGAAAUCGUACCUAAGGCAAGUCAUGGAGAUCAAGCCUCAGUGGCUGCUCGAGGUGGCACCUCACUAUUUCAAGCCUGCGGAUUUGGAGCAGCUCGCGAAAGGCGAUCGGAAAAUGCCCAAGGCUGUCGGCAAGGGAGAGGAAAGGGCAUGA